AUGGCUGAAGUAAAAGUGAGAUCCCGAGAAGAGAUUUUGAAAGAGAAAACCGAUAGAGAAAUAUUCAUUGUUGGGUGUAGAAUGGAGAAAAUGCGGGAAGAGUAUGAAAAUGCUGUAAGAAAUAAAAGAUGGGACAAGAAGCGAGAAUGUUAUGUCAACAAAGAAGGUGAACCUGUUGUUCCCAGAAGGGACAUAGUUCAUGAUGAUGUUCUUCUAGUAAUUCCUCUAUCCGGUGAAUUUUAUUCAAAACGUGAAAAAGACAAGAAUUAUGAGAAAAACCUGAAUAAAAUUAUCAGAGAUGCGAUGACAUCAAGUCUGAGGAAGAGGGAUGAAGAAAGAAUGAAGAAGAAUGUUGAGAAUUUAGUUGAUGAUUUGAAGAAGGUUGCUAAGGAAAAGAAGGUUGAUGAGAAAGAGAAGGUAAAAGAAGAAGUUGUGAAAGAAGCUGUUACUGAAGAACAGCAAGUUGGUGAAGAAGUGAUGAAGAAGAAAGAAGAAGUAGAAGAAGUGAAGAUGGAAAGUUUGGUUGAGGUGAAUAGUGAUGCUGGUGAUGAAAAGAAAGAUGAUGCUGAUCAGACUGAAACAGCAAACAACACCGAAGUGCCAAUCACUGAGGUGCUCUAG